CGAAGGCGGAGGCGCGGGAGUUAUGGUGGGGGCGGGCUUUGUAGGGAAGUGCGUCAGAGGAGGCGCGGGGAGAGUAGGGUGCUGUGGUCUCCGUUGAAGGGUGAAGCUGGCGRAGCAAGAGGAUGGGCGUGUUGUCUGUUUUAGUAUGCAGGUGAUAGACUAGAGAACAAGACUUCUGUCUCCGUAGCAUCCUGGAGCAGUCUGAGUGCCAGAAUGGAUAACCGUUUUGCUACAGCGUUUGUAAUUGCUUGUGUGCUUAGCCUCAUUUCCACCAUCUACAUGGCAGCCUCAAUUGGCACAGACUUUUGGUAUGAAUAUCGAAGUCCAGUUCAAGAAAAUUCAAGUGAUUUGAAUAAAAGCCUCUGGGAAGACUUCAUUAAUGAUGAGGCAGAUGAAAAGACUUAYAAUGAUGCGCUUUUCCGAUAUAGUGGCACAGUAGGAUUAUGGAGACGGUGUAUCACUGUACCCAAAAACACACAUUGGUAUGCUCCACCAGAAAGGACAGAGUCAUUUGAUGUGGUGACAAAAUGCAUGAGUUUCACAUUAAAUGAGCAGUUCAUGGAGAAAUUUGUUGAUCCUGGAAAUCACAAUAGUGGAAUUGAUCUACUUCGGACCUAUCUUUGGCGGUGUCAGUUCCUUUUACCUUUUGUUAGUUUAGGUUUGAUGUGCUUUGGGGCUUUGAUUGGACUUUGUGCUUGUAUAUGCCGAAGCUUGUAUCCCACAAUUGCCACAGGCAUUCUCCAUCUCCUUGCAGGUUUGUGUACACUGGGCACAGUAAGUUGUUUCGUUGCUGGAAUUAAACUACUCCACCAGAAACUAGAGCCGCCUGAGAAUGUGUCUGGUGAAUUUGGAUGGUCAUUCUGCCUGGCUUGCGUUUCUGCUCCUUUACAGUUCAUGGCUUCUGCUCUGUUCAUCUGGGCUGCUCACACCAACCGGAAAGAGUACACCUUAAUGAAGGCAUAUCGCGUGGCAUGAACAGGCCUGCUUUACAUUUGCCGUUUUAAUAUUUUUGAUAUCUAUGUUUUCCCUUGCGUCCCUCCCAAAUAUUUUUUAUUUUUCUGUGGAUAUACCAUUUUAUCCUGAAAAUCCAUUUUAUUUAAAUACACACACAUGACUAAAUAUACAAUAAAUACCACUAAAAUUUAUGUGGUUUACUCAGUGAUUCCAUUUCUCAAACUAAUUUAGGUUCAAAAUCUAGUCAGAAAGAAAGAGGCUUGACACAAAUUUGUGACAGAAAAUCUGCAAUAGGAAAUUGACCCAGAGCAAGUUCUGCUUAUGUCUAUUAAGUCUUUUCACCAAAGUACAGUAACUAUCUGUUGAACCAGAAAUAAAUUUCUUUGGUAAACUUCUUAUUGUCAGAACUUUGCUGUUGUAGAUAGCCAGUCAGCUAGGCAUAUUAUUGCUGUUUUAAAAAAUUUAAGAGUUUCAUAAAAUUGGAAAAUUAUCUAAGAUCCUUUUCUGUAAACUUUGGCACAUAGCUUCAUCUGAGGUGAAAUAUGGCAGCUGUCUAUAUUUACACCAUAUCUGUCUACAAGAAAA